AUGAAUUUUUCGUAUGUUAUGGGUACGAAACGUGUGGCAGCAAAAUUCGUUCCAAAAUUGUUGAAUUUCGAACAAAAACAGUGGCGAAUGAAAGUUGCUCAGGAGUCGCUAAAUGAAGUUAAUAACGAUGCAGAACUACUAAAACGUGUUAUAACUGGUGACGAAAUAUGGGUUUACGGAUAUGAUGUCGAAACUAAGGCUCAAUCGUCCCAGGGGUGGCAAGUGGCUACAAGUUCAACGCCGAUUGCGUGA